AUGACAGCGCCGUCGUCGUCUCCUCCAGCGAGCGGGCUGCUGAGCUCUCGGUUCAGUCUCCGGUCGUCGGGCAAGACCCGUAAGCGGCGCUUCUGGUUCAAAUCGAGUCCAAAGCCCAGUAGUCCCGACCUGGCGGAGGACGCCGCCGCAGCGGCCCGAGAGGUAGACGCCGAGAUCAUCCAGACCAAACCCAGAGCUGGUAGCUACGUCCCGCGCGUCGAGUACGGGUCCCCGCGCUGCGGUGUGGAGGAGCGCGACGCCUCCUGGACCAGCGACGAACAGGUAGAAGCGCACUACGCCGCGCUCGGGUGGGCCGUGGUGCAGAUCUGCAAGGACGGCAACUGCCUCUUCCGGGCCAUCAGCGACCAGCUCUACACGAACGAGUUGUUCCACCAGGACAUCCGACGGCGGCUCGUGGACUUCAUCGAAAGCGACGAGAAGCUCUUCAAGCCCUUCAUUGAGGACGAGGAGGUGGCCGACUACUGCGCGCGGCUGCGCAAGGACGGCCAGUGGGGCGGCCACCUCGAGCUCUACGCGGCGGCCAAGCUCUUCAACAUCCACAUCGUAGUCCACACCGGCCCGGUCCGCCGACUCCGCGUCACGAACGAUGACGAGGGGGAGACUGCAGGCCAAAACCCGCCACCCCCGCCGCCCUACCGGAUCCUGCAUCUGCUGUUCAAGGACGACCACUACAGCAGUCUGCACUCUAAUGAGCCGGUGACAACCGUCACGGCUGAAGAGACCACAGCCGACAGCAUUGAUAAGCGGGCACGGUCCCCCACCAAGGCGUACGACAGCCCCGACAAGAAGUGUGUAAAGUACCAGGACGCUCCUGCUAGCAAGGUUGUGAAGAUCGAGGACUUGGCGAAGAAGUCCGCCAAGUUCGAGGAGGUGAUGGAGGCCAAGCCUGCUCCGCGUGAAGGCAAGACGUGCGCCUACGAGGAGGAAGACGUGCCUGAGUGCGGCGUCUUCCUCCCGAAGCAAGUGUUGUUCCGGAAAGGUAAACGCCGGGUGAGUGGCGCGACGCUCUUCUCGCUCGUGCACGUGCCGUCGGCGAGGAAUUUAUCGCCGGUUGAAGAGGCUUCGUCAGAGGCGUCCUCUUCGUUCAAGUCGACAACCGCAUCCGAGACUUCGUCGUCUAGCGAGGAGCAGGAGAACGAUUCAGAGACAAAGCCCCCCGUACCCCCUCGGCCGAAGGCAACGGCGCCAACUCUAAGGGCAGUGCCGGUGGAAUACCCCAGCAAGGCGGUCUUCCGCAAGGGUCGGGCCACGGCUGCUGCCUGCUAGAAAACGAAGCCUCCAGGUGAUUCGUAGCAUCGGAACUCUGGAUCACUCGCAACAAACGUUAGAUUGAGUGUCAGGCUGAUGCUAGCGUGGAUCACCACUCCGCUCGGAUAGCGAGUCUCUUAUGUAUUCCAGCGCAUAUUAUGGAAAUACAGCCAGCACCUGUAGCAUUC